GAAAUCUAUUGCUCGACGCUCGUCCCUUCUACGCGGGCCUGCCCAGCGCAUCCCAUCGAUCUGUUCGGCCAUCGCGCGCCUGCGCUUUUGGACUGGCUGUUGGAGGCGGCGUGGGGUGCGCUGGGAGCUGCUGUGGCGCGCCUGGAGUCGAGAGCUGUUUGUGAAAAUGGAAUUUCAAGCAGUAGUGAUGGCAGCUGGAGGGGGAUCUCGGAUGACAGACCUGACUUCCAGCAUUCCCAAACCUCUGCUUCCAGUUGGGAACAAACCUUUAAUUUGGUACCCACUGAACCUGCUUGAGCGUGUUGGAUUUGAAGAAGUCAUUGUCAUUACAACCAGGGAUGUCCAAAAGGCUCUAUCCGCAGAAUUCAAGAUGAAAAUGAAGCUAGAUGUUGUAUGUAUUACUGAUGAAGCUGACAAGGGAACUGCAGAUUCUCUGCGCCAAAUAUAUCCAAAACUUAAGACAGAUGUUCUAGUCCUGAGCUGUGAUCUCAUAACAGAUGUUGCCUUACACGAAGUUGUAGACCUGUUCAGAGCUCAUGAUGCAUCCCUUGCGAUGUUAAUGAGAAAAGGCCAAGAUGGCUUAGAACAAGUUCCAGGUCAAAAGGGGAAAAAAAAAACAGUGGAGCAGCGUGACUUCAUUGGAGUGGACAGCACAGGAAAGAGGCUGCUCUUCAUGGCUAAUGAAGCAGACUUGGAUGAAGAGCUGGUCAUUAAGGGAUCUAUCCUGCAAAAGCACCCUAGAAUACAUUUCCACACAGGCCUUGUGGAUGCCCAUCUCUACUGCUUGAAAAAAUACGUUGUGGACUUCCUAAUGGAAAAUAAAUCAAUCACUUCCAUCCGGAGUGAACUGAUUCCAUACCUAAUAAGAAAACAGUUCUCCUCAGCUUCCUCACAGCAAGGACAAGAAGAAAAAGAAGAGGAUCUAAAGAAAAAGGAGCUGAAAUCCUUAGAUAUUUACAGCUUUAUAAAAGAAGACAAUACACUGAGCUUUGCUCCCUAUGAUGCCUGCUGGAAUGUCUGUCGAGGAGACAGGUGGGAAGAUUUGUCCAAAUCACAGGUGCGCUGCUAUGUCCACAUCAUGAAAGAGGGGCUCUGCUCUCGAGUAAGCACUCUGGGACUCUACAUGGAAGCGAACAGACAGGUGCCCAAAUUGCUAUCAGUUCUCUGUCCAGAAGAAUCACUGGUUCAUUCAUCAGCCCAGAUUGUCAGCAAACACCUGGUUGGAGUUGACAGCCUCAUUGGGCCAGAUACGCAAGUUGGAGAGAAGUCAUCCAUUAAGCACUCAGUCAUUGGUUCAUCCUGUGUCCUAAGAGAUAGAGUGACUAUCACCAAUUGCCUUCUCAUGAACUCAGUCACUGUGGAGGAAGGAAGCAACAUCCAGGGGAGCAUCAUCUGCAACAAUGCUGUGAUCGAGAAGGGAACGGACAUCAAGAACUGCCUAAUUGGAAGUGGCCAGAGGAUUGAAGCCAAAGCCAAACGAAUGAACGAGGUGAUCGUGGGGAGUGACCAGCUCAUGGAGAUCUGAGUUCUGAAAAGUUGGACUCCUUUCUCUUGGCCCCCAGAACUACAGAUGUUGGCUGGCCCACCUGUUUGACUCUGUAUUUAUUUCCCAAUAAAGAAGUGCUCCCAUGGGGCACUUGGCUGGCUCA